UUUCACUGAGGCGAGGCACAUGCACAAUAUGAUUCACCAUCAGAUUAAAAUCACAACAUCGACAGAGAGCAAGCAGAAGACGGAAUGCUCCAAGCAGUGAAUGGGAUCUUAGAAAAACUUUGUCGGAAGGAGAAAGACCUCUGAAGUGGAGCGAGCUUUCAAUUUAGCUGAGCACCUGCCGUGUUUUCCAUCUUCACUCACUCAGAAAAAUGGCUUCCCGUUCUGAGGAGGAUCUCUCCUGUCCUAUCUGCAGUGACAUUUUCAAGGAUCCUGUUGUCUUGUCGUGUAGCCACAGCUUCUGUAAAGAAUGUCUGCAGAAAUGGUGGAGAUCUAAACCACUACAAGAGUGUCCAGUUUGUAAGGAAAAAACUUUACUAAGAGAACCACCACGUAACUUGGCUUUAAAGAAUCUGUGUGAGGCCCAUUUACUGGAGAGAGGUGGGAGAGGCCCAGCAGAGGCUUUCUGCAGUCUGCACUCUGAGAAAAUCAAACUCUUCUGUCUGGAUCAUCAGCAGCCAGUGUGUGUUGUCUGUCGAGAUUCAACAACACACGCUGACCACAGAUUCAGACCCAUCGAUGAAGCUGCACAGGAUCACAAAGCGGAGCUCCUGAUAAUCCUGAACCCCUUACAGGAGAAACUGAAGCUCUUUAAAGAAGUUAAAGGAAACUGUGAUCAAACAGCAGAACACAUUAAGGUCCAGGCCGGACACACAGAGAAGCAGAUUAGGGAGCAGUUUAAGAAGCUUCACCGUUUACUAGAAGAGGAAGAGGAGGCCAGGAUCUGUGCUCUGAGGGAGGAAGAGGAGCAGAAGAGUCAGAGGAUGAAGGAGAAGAUUGAGGCUCUGAGCAGAGAGAUAGCAGCUCUUUCAGACACAGUCAGAGCCACAGAGGAGAGGCUGAGAGCUGAAGACGUCUCUUUCCUGCAGAACUACAAGGCUGCUGUGGAAAGAGUCCAGCAGCGCCCCCUGCUGGAUGAUCCACAGCUGAUCUCAGGAGCUCUGAUAGACGUGGCCAAACAUCUGGGCAACUUGAGCUUCAACAUCUGGAACAAGAUGAAGAAGAUGGUCUCCUACACUCCUGUGAUUCUGGAUCCAAACUCUGCUCAUCCAGAACUCAUCCUGUCUGAAGAUCUGACCAGUGUGAGAUGUGGAGAGACACAGAAGCUUCCUGACAAUCCAGAGAGGUUUGAUUCCUUCAUCUCUGUUCUGGGCUCUGAGGGCUUUGACUCCGGGACUCACAUCUGGGACGUUGAGGUUGGAGACAGUACAGCCUGGAUUAUGGGUGUAGCAGCAGAGUCUGUCCAAAGAAAGAGAGGCAUAGCCUUAAAGUCUGGAUUAUGGAGAAUAGUGUUUUAUAAAGAUGAAUACACAGCGUGCUCAUAUCCUGGCCCAGACACUGUUCUCUCAGUGCAGAAGAAGCUCCAGAGGAUCAGAGUAAAACUGGACUGGGCUAAAGGAGAACUGUCAUUCUUCGAUUGUGAUACUUACACACACAUGCACACCUUGAAACGUACUUUCACUGAAAAGUUGUUUCCAUACUUUAAUACAAACAAAGAAUUCCCACUUCAGAUAUUAGCAGUGAAAGGCUAAAGUAAAGUAAUACAGCAGCAGUUGGUGGCCUUUCAGUCAAUGUGUGUUUUAAGCAGGGAUGCACCGAAUCCAGGAUUUGGCUUCGGAU